AUGGCCCUAAAUAAACCUUACCCAGCAUCUGGCUCUAAUUCUCUCGAUCCGUCGCAAACAUUGCAUCGCACGUCACCCGACGCAGUUGAGGCACUCGUUCAAACCUGCGCGCGACAACACCCGACCAAGAACAAAUCCCAUUCGCUUUUCGCCCUUGUCUCAGCCGACGACUCGUACCCAGCUAUUCCAUUACCUAACCGCCCAGGCGCUACCCGAACUGUCAUCCAACAGAAGCGUCAGCCGUGGGGCUUGGCGGGAGGAACAACGCAGGGUUGCACUUCUCGGCGCUCGAUGCCGAUUACCUACCUAGUUGUCGGGGCUGGUACACUGGCCAUGCCGUCUGCGAUGUCUCACAUGGGUGUCUUGCUGGGGACGUUCAUCAUAAUAUGGUCGGGCAUCACAUCUGCCUUUGGCCUCUACCUUCAAGCCCGGUGUGCCAGAUACCUCGACAGAGGGCACUCGUCCUUCUUCGCCCUCUCGCAAAUAACCUAUCCCAACGCCGCAGUGGUAUUUGACGCGGCCAUUGCGAUCAAGUGCUUUGGGGUUGGUGUGUCGUAUCUCAUUAUCAUCGGUGAUUUGAUGCCCGGAGUGGUGUUGGGUUUCAACCCGAACGCGGGCGAUAUGCCGUUCCUGGUCGACCGACAUUUCUGGAUCACGGCGUUCAUGCUGGUCAUUAUUCCGCUAGCAUUCCUACGCAGACUGGAUUCGCUCAAGUACACGAGUCUGAUUGCUCUCGUGUCGAUCGGAUAUCUCAUUGUGCUGGUCGUCUACCACUAUGCAGCUGAGACGCAUCCAGAUCGAGGCCAGGUCCGCAUUAUUACCUGGGCUGGGCCAGUAUCCAUGCUGAGCAGCUUGCCUGUGGUGAUCUUUGCGUACACAUGCCACCAGAACAUGUUCUCCAUUCUGAAUGAGAUCAAGGACAAUUCACCUGCAAGCAUCGUUGGGGUUAUUUCCUCCAGCAUUGGAUCAGCUGCUUCCAUCUAUAUCCUGGUCGCCAUCACUGGCUACCUUACCUUCGGCGAUCAUGUCGUCGGCAAUAUUGUUUCCAUGUACCCCGCGAACAUCGCCUCGACUAUCGGCAAAGCCGCCAUUGUGAUCUUAGUCAUGUUCAGCGUUCCACUCCAGAUUCAUCCCUGCAGAGCUUCAUUGGACGCUGUCCUCAAAUGGCGGCCCAACCGCUCGCAGCAACAUGCCUCGUCGGCGCCUCAUCACGGCCUUCUGCCGACAGCAACCACCACCGACUCUCACGGCUCUCCCACGGCUCCCAUGUCCGACCUGCGCUUCGCCCUGCUGACGACAGUCAUCAUCACCGGCAGCUACAUCACGGCUCUGACCGUCUCGAGUCUCGACCGGGUGCUCGCUUAUGUUGGCAGCACCGGCUCCACCGCCAUCUCCUUCAUCCUGCCGGGCCUCUUCUUCUACAAGAUCAGCGACCCGGAGAGCAUACACCACCAGCGGCUGACCAAGGAGGACGACGACGUCGGCGCCGACUCGGACAACGACACCGAGGACGGCUUCGAGCCCGCCGGGUCGGCCCUGCUCGAGAGCGUCGCCAGCGUGGCCUCGGGCACCAGCGGCGUCGGCGGGUCGUCGGUCCGGCCGCGGUACAGGUGGCGCAGGAAGUGGAGGUGGGACCUCGAGCACAUUGAGCACGGCGUUCUGCGCAAGCUCUCGCUGUGUCUCGCUGUGUACGGCAUGUGCGUCAUGGCCGUCUGCCUCGUCAUGAACACUUUCUUUAUCGUGACCCAUUAA